AAAUUUAUAAAUUAUUAUUAUCGAUUAAAGUGCACGCUUCGCUAUAGUUUAUAUUAUCCAGAAAAAAAGCAGUUUGUUUUAAACUAUGUUAUUGAUUGGUUAUCAAAUGUUAUCACAAAAUUUAUAUUAGUUUUUACACUGAUGACAAGUCCAUCUUACGCAGUACAGGGCUUAUAAAUGCGCUACCAGGAACUUUCAAGAAUAUUAUUCUCAAUACUUCACGUGUAAAAGUAGUGCUAAAAAAUGGCAGUAAAAUUAUACGGUAGCAUCAUCAGUCCCCCAACAAGGGCAGUUUUAAUGUGUGCAAAAGCAUUGGGGGUGGAUCUAAAAUUGAUUCCUAUCGAUUUAGUGGCUAGUGAACAAAUUUCAGAAGAUUUCAUGAAGAUAAAUCCUUGCCAUACCAUACCAGUACUCGAAGACGACGAUGGAUUUAUUGUAACCGACAGUCAUGUCAUAAAUGAAUAUUUAGUUGAUAAGUAUGGAAAGAAUGAUUCGUUAAAUCCCAAAGAUCGUAAAGUUAGAGCUACAAUUAAUCAUCGACUACACUUCGAUUCUAGUGUAUUUUUCGUAAAAGGAGUGAACAUAGUUAAACCGCUGGUUUUUGGUGGAGGUGUGCAACCAGAUAAAACCAAAUUGGAAACUUUAAAGGAAGUGUUUCUUGUAGUCGAGCGAAUGCUUGAACAAUGCAAAAGCCUCUACAUUGCAGGCAACGAAUUAAGCAUUGCAGACUUUAGCUUUACAUCCACAAUUACACAAUGGAAUAUAUUUGUUCCCUAUGCCGAUUUUCCGAAUAUCAAAUCCUACAUUGAGCGAAUUCAAAAACUUCCGUUUUACGAAGCCAACAGAGAAGGACUUGCUGAGUGCAAUGCAUUGAUAGCCUCAUUUCUUAGGCGUUGAAACAGAAAAGAAAUUAUUUGGAUUUAUUACUCUUGGGGAAAUCAUAAAAUAUUUAGGUAGUUAAAUACUUUGUAAUUAAUUUUUCUAUAGUGGGAUUUUCGGUUAACGGAUGGUGGCAAAAUAACACACUACUUUUUCAUGAUAUAAAACAGAGUCUCUGUUCUCCAUUUUAGAGCCCUGAGGAUGACUUGAAUAAAGUCGAAACGUUGGCCCAUAAAAAAGUAGUGUUUUAUUUUGACACCAUCCGUUGACCGAAAAUCCCACUAUUGAAAAAUUUAUUACUGAUUAUCAUCACGGUCACUAAUCAACCACAACAUACGUUAAAUACUUUGUUUAUUAUAUUUAAACGUAUAUAAUUAUGAAUAUUCUUGAAACGAUCAGAUAUUUAUAAACCAUUGUAUAAUAUACAGCAUGGCAUUAAAUAAAGUUUCUUUAUUGCAACAAUGA